AUGCCUGAAAGAGGCGUCUGUUGUGUUCAAUGCGAGGACCCGGACCACGCGCUGUUGCGGCUACCCGUGCUGGAUGGACUCAGGGAAACGCAAUGCUGUGGCCCUACUGGUAGGGGUCCAUGCCUUCACGGAGGCUGGCGCGUACUGUGCGUGCGGCUCAAGAUUGGAGGCGUGCCCGGGACUGCGCCUUCCUCACCGUUCAUCGUGCAGGAUAGAAUUCACAGGAGAAAUGCAGUUCAGACAAGACAAAUCAGCUCAGCUUCUAUACACAACCGCCGUUGGGCAAUCCUUAAGCAAGAGUACCAAAGUCCUUGGAGACUUUGUCCGGGCUUUGUCGCCCAAGAUCCGUAUCAGUUAGCUACUGACCCUGUUUACUGCAAUGCGACAAACCGGGUUCCUAUCCGCUUCCGGGCCCCUGCGCUGCUGUUGCUGCACGACGUGCCUGAGCAAGGAUGCUGCGCUCGGGUCACGCCGCAUGGACGCAACCCCACAGGCUCCAAGGGAAAACACUUUUUUGUCUAUUUCAAAUUCACUAAUGAAUCAAGAAAACACAAAAUGAGCAGAAGGAAGUGCAGAUAUUCGGCGCAGGGAGUGAAGGGCCUGAGGGCCAGGCCGCCUCCAAUGGCCAAUAAGGCCUUCACUGGCCGCACACUGUCCAAGGAAUGGCCCGAAAACAACCCCUGGUGGCACAACCUCAACACUGGCUUUCAGCACAUGAAAGCUCAUUGGGUGAACAUAUUUCUGCAUACGUUGUGUAUGGGCGUGUCAGAUGCAGAUUGGGAAGGGUGCCAUGACUGCUACUUCCACGCUGACCUCCCAUCCUCGAGUGAAACGUAUCUGGAAGAUUUCUUGAAGUGCGCCAAGGAGUACAAAUUAUCUGAGCACUUCAAGCCGUGUCAGGAACUGGCUGAGGCAAAAGAUUUGCAAAUAGAAAUUGACAACACUCUCAUCACGCUGAGCCCCAUGGACAAGAACUCGCGAGGGCGGAUGGUAGUGCGUUGCCUGAAGGUCACCGCCACCGGAACAGCGGCCAUCUCAUGCAUCAAGCGGAUCAUCGAAGUGCAGGAGACCACAAUGGAAAAGCUGGACUUGUAUGAUUUCUUCCUCCUCGGCCAGUGCUUUAGUUUGGAGAAUGAGAUGAGUAUGGACAAGACCCUGAUACCCAACUUGGCUGUGCCGAAUCGCUACGGAGAAUACGUAGACUACGGGGUCAAGUUUUACAACACCCUGUACUACAAGGCCACGCCUGAGCAGGAGGCCCUGAAGAAAAUUGACACUCGUGGCCCGUCUCACAGGGAAGGAAUCCUUUCAAGUGCAGCAUCUGCUGCUGUAAAGAUGGAAGGAAAUGUGGAAUUACAAAUGGAGUCAGACACCAGUAAUGAGCAAAACACCAAUUAUGACGACCUGGUGCCUAUGGAUACCAUUGAAAAACCCAACAAGAAGCUCAUCCGUGUACUCAGUGUUCUAGGCUAUGUUAUUUCUGUGACAAUGGCGGGUGUCAUGUUGUCACUCUACUACGUUUUCUUGUGGAAACCCAGUAUAAAUUGUGUGUCCAGUCAGCCGCUGGUCAGUCAAUUCACGGUUGCACACCCGCUGGUCAUCAAGCGCCAGUUGGUCCAACCACCAGCCAGGGCAGUUCUUGGCCCCACCAAUCCCCAGCCCACCAACCUGUGGUUUGGUCACCCGAUUGUUGGGGCACCCAAACAAUUGAGUGACAAGAAUCAUGCUGAUUUUUUUCAGAAUUCAAUCUUUGACCUGCCUGAAAGUAUUCAUGGAUGGAAUUGCCAUGGUCACAGAGACCUGGACGGGUGGAUGUUAUUGUCUGACCAGAGUAACCAGACAGACAUAUACCAUUGCUUUCAAUUAAGCAAGCAAGAAGUGUUGCCAAGACGUCUGCCAUCCUAUCUAUGGCCCAUCUGGCAUUCUGGGAUGGAUCAUACUCUGUGACUUUUGAGGGUCUAUGUUUGGAACAGAAGACAUCCACACAUGUGCUCAUAACAGUAGUGCCUCUGUGACUAGUGGACAAUGAGCAAUUUUAGUAUCAAGUCCAUCAUCUGAAAAGUGUUAAAGUGUUUAAUCUUAAAUUCAGGUUAUGAUAAUUUCAACCAAAGUGGGGUCCACUACCAGAACCAAACAUAAUGUUAACAGCUGAGAUGCACUGUGAUUCUUUGAAUGAAUAACAUUGUAUUUUGAGUUCUUCUACGAUGUAUGCAGUGUUUUCUGCAUCGUCACUGAACAUUGGCUGGUUUUAAUGUCAACUUGAAAGAUUAGUUUACAAGACGGGAUGCUGCUUUGAAAAACCCCAAGAAUUCCAAUGUCCCUUUCAGCACAUGCUGAAGGUAUUACUUGCAGUGUAGUGAAAUAAAAGUUAUUCAAAUAAUGAUAUCUCAUUUAUUCACCUUUUAUACUAAAUUAAAAUGUCACGUGAUGUCUGUAGCCAGCAAUAGAAAAGUGUACGCAUGUGAACAAAUUCUUUUUCAAGGGUGCAAAAAU